AUGCUGGAUAAGGAAGAGGUCUACCAUCUCGAUCUCUACAAUAGCUUUUCUACAUACUCUACAACUCUUGGCAACCUUACUCUUCUUAUGGGUUUCGAUGAACGCAGCACUCGUCUGCGUGAACUGAUUGUGGACCUAGUCCCACCUUCACCACCUGAACCUGACCGUGCCAGUCUUCCUAUUUCUGUGCGAAAGAUACUUUCUGAAAAUGAGCUGAAUGAAGAGCAGCGUGAAGCUGUACGUUCUGCUUUGCUCUGUAGUGACUACACGCUUAUUGAGGGAUUCCCGGGAUCAGGAAAGACAACCACCAUAGUGGCUUUGCUAAGAUGUUUACUGGAAAUGAAUUGUUCGGUGUUGCUUACCACAAACACUCAUUCUGCUCUGGACAAUGUCUUAGCCAAAUUGAGGAAGCAUGUGGACGGGAGUAAACUGCUGCGACUUGGCAAGUCGAGUUCUGGUCGAAAGGUUGUGGCAGAUUUGACCUUGCAGUCGAAGUUGAAAGGUAUCACUGUUGAGAAGUACACUGCUGCUAGAGAUAUACUGAAAAACACGCCCUUAGUUGCGAGCACCUGCCAUAACGUUCCCAGGGAGCUUCUGUUUUCGUGGAGAAAGUUCGAUUGUUGUAUUGUUGAUGAAGCUUCCAUGGUACUGGAACCAGUCCUACUUUCAUCGUUAGCGGUGGCCAGUCGUUUUAUCCUUGUUGGUGAUGCUCAUCAGCUUGCGCCUAUUGUCCAGAAUAGCAAAUGCGCAGAGGAAGGAAUGGCGGUUUCGUUGUUUGAGCGGCUGCAAAUUCACAAAAAUGCGCUGCACUCACUUGUUUCACAAUAUCGGAUGAACAGGUAG